AUGAGAGGUACCAGCUUCCUCCUCCUUGUCCUCGCCGGUGCUGCCAUUCUCUUCGUGGCUGUUACACCCACGGCAGCGCUUGCUUGGGAAUGGCAACCGAUCGCUGUCGCCGACACUCGUGUCCAAGGGCUCGGCAAGUGCGCGGUGGACGAGCAAAACAAGGUGACAAACUGCGGGCUCAGGUUCGCCAAGGUUGUGAGCGCCGAGGUUCAAAACAAUGGCGGCACUAUAUAUCUGCUUGACGUCGACGCGCUGCGGCUCGACGGCUCGCACAAAAUAUAUCAGGUGGAGGUGGCCGAGCAGAGCUCUUCGGGCGGUUCCGCAUGCAAGCUCGUCACCUUCGGCCCAAGUUGUUGA